CCCCCACCCCCUACCCACAGCCAUAACUGCUCGUGUACUUGUCAAUUAAUGGCAGCUCCGAUGCAGCCAACGAAGAAGAACUAUAUAUAGGGAGGUGGGUGCAUAUGCAGAUAGGUUGAUUGAUUUGAUUAGGUGUGUUUAUGGCUACUCAGAAAUUCCAGGACCGGACGGGGAAGAUGGCGGAGCUCUGCCGGAGAAUCGUCCAAAUCAACGUCCGGUGGAAUUUGGUGGAGAAAGCGCGAGUUAUCCGGCGGUUCUUCAGGUUUAUUGUCGACCGAGUGUUCGUUUGCUCGGCGAGGAUGCCUAAUUCGCGCUACAGAAGGUUAUCGACUGCAGGAAGGCUGAACUCUGUCUCCCUUCCGCCAUUGGAGGACGCGGAGUUCGAGCUCGGAGACAGGGAGGACUUCGCCGAAACGACGACGUCUAGUCGGAGCUACGAUAGCGACUCUGAUUUAGUCGCCUUGAAAAUCAGUUUGCUCGGCGAUUGCGAGAUUGGGAAAACCACUUUUGUGAUAAAGUAUGUUGGAGAUGACGAAGAACAGCGAAGCUUGCAGAUGAAGGGGCUUAAUCUAAUGGGGAAAACACUCGACAUCAGAGGUGCGAGAAUUGCUUUCAGAAUAUGGGACGUUGGAGGUGACAGUAAGUCUCUGGAUCAAGUCCCAAUCGCCUGCAAAGAUGCUGUAGCAAUUCUGUUCAUGUUUGAUCUAACCAGCAGAAGAACUCUCAACAGCAUUAUUGGGUGGUACACUGAAGCAAGAAAAUGGAAUCAGAGUGCUAUUCCGAUUCUAAUAGGAACCAAAUUCGAUGACUUUGUCCAACUCCCACCAGACAUCCAAUGGACUGUCGUCACUCAGGCAAGGGCGUAUGCUCGGGCGAUGAAAGCGACACUUUUCUUCUCGAGCGCGACACAUAACAUCAAUGUGCACAAAAUCUUUAAGUUUAUAAUGGCGAAGGUCUUCAAUUUGCCAUGGACACUACACAGAAACUUGACUCUUGGUGAACCUACUAUUGACUUCUAAUUUUAAUUGUUUUUGAUGGAGUUUUUCCUUAGUAUUAAUUGUUGUUUGUAGAUAUUUAGGUUGUUGCUUUGUUUUUUGUUGUAUAGUUGCACUGAUCAGUUGCUCGGGUUGUUUAAUUUCUUUUGUUUGUCCCAAUUAAUCGAGGCUUGGAAUAGAUCAUCGAGUUUUUUAUCAAAAAUAUUAUUUCUUCUUACAAAA